AUGAGAGGUACGAACGCUGCUCAGGAUUCUCGAUUCAAAGAUAAAGAAGCAGCUUCUAUCAAAUCUACGAAAUUCCCUAAACAUUUCUCUGAAAAGGUAGACCUUCGUAAAGUCAACUUAUCGGUAAUCAAACCAUGGAUAGCCACCAAGGUAACUGAAUUGAUCAAGAUUGAAGAUGACGUGGUGGUUGAAUAUGUUUUUGGAAUGUUGGAAGAUAAGGAUAAACCUAUACCAGAUCCGAAGAAAAUGCAGAUCUCCUUAGUAGGAUUUAUGGACAAACACGGUGCAGCUGCUUUCAUGGAUUCUCUCUGGAGCUUGUUAUUAUCUGCUCAGAAUACCAUCGGUGGUGUACCUGCUGAGUUUAUCGAAGCGAAAAAGAAGGAAUUACAAGCCAAGCAGAAUCUAGAGAGGAUAGCAGCUGGUAGAUCCGUAGCUGAAGAUUCCUUUGAUCGAAGGAGGGGCGACAACUCACUUCCAUCUCGUCCUGGUCCUCCAUCACCCCGACGAUCUCGGUCCCCACCGCCAGUGAGAGGAGGCGAUCGAGGUGACAUAUAUAGACCGAGGGAUAGAGGGGACGACUACAGACCAAGAAGGGAUUUCGGUCGAGAUAGGGAUAAUGGGUAUGCUCAGCGAAGAGAUAGGAGUCCAGCAAGAGGUGGUGGUGGUGGAUAUAGGAGAAGAUCUCCAUCACCUUCUACAAGACGACGAUCCCCUUCACCUCGAAGGCGAGAUUCUCCUCCACCUAGAAGACGUCGAUCCCCUUCCCCAUCUACCAGACGAAGAUCGCCUUCUCCACCUCCAAGAAGAAGAGAAAGAGAACGAUCAGGAAGUAGGACUCCUCCAUUGAAGAGGCGGAACGAAGAUACUCCACCUCACAAAGAGAGGGGUAGACCAAGAUCUAGGACGCCGACACCUUCUGAUCCUGGUUCAAGAUCCAGGUCUAGGUCUAGAUCCAGAUCACCUACCGUUACACCGCCAAGAAGGAGGAAUAGAGAUUCGUCUCCUCCACCGAAAAGACGGAGAUCACCUAGUGAUAGUAGAAGCAGGAGUAGGAGUCCACGAAGAGAAAGAGGAGAAGAGGUGCAUAAGAAAGGAAGAGGGAGGUUUACCGUUGAGGAUGAAAAGGCAGAAAGGGAGAAGGAGAAGAGGGGGAAGAGUAGAUGGGAUUGA